CAAGCUGUGUACACGAAUUCUAAAUUUAAAGAAGUGCAGUCAGAAGUAAUGGGGAUUAUCUACUCUCAUUGUGUUGUCAUAAAAACAGAAGGGGCAAUUACCACGUAUCAAGUUAAUGACCAAAGGGUAGUUGAAGACGGCAUCAAGAAGUCAACUUUGCAGGCAUACUUCAAUGAAGAUGAGUGUGAGGCGAAGUGCAUGUGUGGACUAUUUGAGAUGAGAGGGAUUAUAUGUAGGCACAUUCUUUCAAUUUUUGCCGCAAGGGAUGUCCAAGUGUUGCCGGAAAAGUACAUUAUGGAGAGGUGGAGGAAGGACAUUAAACGUAGAUAUGGUCUCAUUCGAAGCAGUUACGAUGACUUGAGUGGUAAACCAGUUGCUACUCGAUACUCUGGUUUGAUAAAAUUAUGUUACCAAGUAGCCACAAAUGCAUGUGAAAACGAAGAUAAUUAUCUGGACAUGACACAGAAGUUGAAGGCAAUGAAUGACAUUUACACUAAAUCGAAGCCCCAUGCCACAGUUGCAAGCACUCAUGCUUCCAUUGAUGCCGAAACUGGAAGUUCGAAGAACGUGUUGAGCCCUCGUGUUGUCAGAGGCAAGGGCAGGCCCCCAUCAAAGAGAAGACAACCUACAAUAGAGAAGUUACAAACCAAAAAUAAAAAAGCUGGUGGCAAGCGACAAAGAGAAAAUCCCCAAUCACGGAUGGAAGACGUAUUAAACCCCACAGAAUCGGUAAUACUGCACAACACACCAGAAGCUGUUGUUUAGCAGUUGCCUGGUACACAACAAAGCGUUAUUUCUCAGGUGAACUUCGCAUGCCCUGGCCCUCUCGAUGAUUAAUGAAAGACAUCGUAGACUGCUGCCCCCAUCAAAGUAUUUGAGAAUUGAAAACGUUGUAGACUGUUAUUUGAGAAAAGAUCGUAAUCUGUAUAACUCUACUUUGUAUUCUUGUAAACUUGGUGUAUUUUUGUGACAUUUGGCCAUAGCCCAUUUCACUUGGUUGAAAUGUUAUGGGUAUGAGAUUUGUUAUUAUU